UGCGUGCUCGGCAGUGCGGCCAGUCUGCGUGCGUGAGUGGGAGGUGGCAGGCCUCUGACUCCGGCCUUCCCUGCUGCCCGUUCCUGCGCGACGUUUACAGCCAUGAACCGGUUCGGAACCCGGUUAGUGGGAGCCGCGACAACCCAGUCACCGCCGCCGAAAGCCCGCAGCAAUGAAAACCUGGACAAAAUAGAUAUGUCUUUGGAUGACAUUAUCAAAUUGAAUCGAAAGGAAGGAAAGAAGCAGAAUUUUCCAAGACUAAAUAGAAGACUCCAGCAAAGUGGUACUCGGCAAUUCAAGAUGAGAUUACGGUGGGGAAUCCAACAGAAUUCUGGCUUUGGUAAAAGUAAUCUUAACCGUAGAGGAAGAAUAAUACCUGCAAAGAGACGUCCUUAUGGAGUUGUCACUGGCCUUGCAGCUAGGAAAACACCUGGAAUUCGAAAAGGAAUUAGUCCUAUGAAUCGUCCUCCUCUCAGUGACAAGGUAGGAUGUGCAGCCCCCAGAGUACCUCAGAAUAUAGAGCGAUAUUUUCCAGUGUUAAAAAGGAAGACAAACCUUCUGAGACAAAAUGAAGCACAAAGGAAACCAGUUGCAGUUCUCAAGAGGCCUAACCAGUUAAACAGAAAAACUAACCUUCCAGCUAAUUUUUCCAGGAGUGGAAAUAAAUUAAGCCAUCAGAAAGAUACUCGCCAGGCAACUUUUCUUUUCCGAAGAGGCCUGAAGGUUCAGGCCCAGGUGAACACAGAACAGCUGCUAGAAGAUGUAGUAGCAAAGAGAACGCGUCAAUGGCGUACUUCCACCACAAAUGGAGGAAUUCUUACAGUAUCCAUUGACAAUCCUGGAGCAGUUCAGAACCCAGUAGCUCAGAAACCAAGAUUAACUCGUACUCCUGUACCCUCCUUUAUGACAAAACGAGAGCAAUCUGAUGUAAAGAAAGUUCCUAAAGGCGUUCCCCUACAAUUUGACAUAAAUAGUGUUGGAAAACAGACAGGGAUGACUUUGAAUGAAAGAUUUGGGAUACUGAAGGAGCAAAGAGCCACUCUCACAUUCAACAAAGGAGGAAGUCGCUUUGUAACUGUGGGAUAAGCUCCCUUGUCAAAGGAACUUUUCAGUGAUGACUGUUUGAGAAGUUGAAUUGCUUGAAGAAUUCGUCACAGAAAUUCAAGAAACUUUACUUCAAAAUAUUUAGAAGGCUAAAUAACUUUUAUUUUUGAAGGUUUUUUUUUAAUGUAUAAAAUAAUCCCAUGAAAGAAUAACAGGGAAUAUACAUAUAUGUUCUUAAAGAUUUCUUGGUUGGCCCAGACAGAACAAUUCUCUCUUGGCUUCUUUGGUGCCUCAAGCAGCAGAAGGAAGACAGAAAGAUAGAAAUUGCUUAUUUUUAUGAGAGUGGCAUUUAGGAUCUCAUCACCUUUGCCCAUCUUUUGGCUCUUGGCCAUGGUAAAUCUUAGUUUUGGAUAUAUAUGUAGCCCCGUUUGUUGCUGUCAUUUACCUUUGAAUAGUGUUGAUAUAAGUGCUGUUGCCUUUCUUCAUUAGUUAUAUUUAAAAAAAAAAAAGCUUUUUGAGAAUUUCAGUUUUGGCUUUCAGGAUUUAUGGAAAUAUCUGGAACUUAGUUCAUUUUUCAGAUAGAAUUAAGUUAAACUCCCAAGUUGUAAUUUUUUAAUGUUGAACUUUUAACAGGAAUGUGGUUCUCUUAUAUUAAUAUGUCUCAGCUUAAAAUGUUGAUGUUUCUUUACUAUAAAUGGAUAUUUACAAAGUUACCCAAUACUUUAGAGGAUAAGGUUGAUUGUAAAACGCUAAAAGUUGUUGUUUGAUAAAUGAAGAAAGCAUUAAAGGAAAUAGCAAUUUGAAAGACCAGAAACUUAGAUGAAAUACUUCAAAACACCAGUUAUAGGUAUAUUCUUUGGGUUUAGUGUCCACAAAUUAUUCUUCAAAUGAUAUUUAUAAGAAAAAAAUUUAAGAUGGACUGAGUCACUUAGAUAUUUUGAUAGUAAACUUAAUAGCCAUAAGUCCUAAACUGUUCUUAUUCAAAGUUAAAAUUUGUAAUCUGUUAAGCUUGCUAAAUUAACAAUUUCUAGCUCCAAAAAAUAUACUAUUUCAAAGAAAAAUUGCCAAAUUGGAAUUACAUUGUACCAUUGUUGUAUACCUUGUAUUUUGAUUUUUUUUUGUAUGAUACAAAGUUCAGACAUUUAUAGGGAGAAAGUUUUUUUCUGACUCUGGACUGGUAAGCAGACUUGGUCUGAUGUGCCAAGAUAAUGCUAAGACUCCUCAGACCAUUGUACAUAGAUUAUAGUAAAAUGCCAAAAUGCAGCAAAAUAUUCCUGGUUCAAAUGAACAAGUUUGGUCAUUUUGAAGUUUGACCUUUAGUUUGCUAUAAUUUGUAUAAGCCUCUAGAUGUUAGGUUUCUGGUGUUUAAAUGUUGACUUUUUCUAUAAAGCAAAAUUUACCACUCCUGCUUUUCUUGUAUUGUAUAUUAGACUUCAUUGCCUCUCAUGCUCCUUGGUUUACUCGGUUUAUUCUAACCAUAGAAUGCGAUCAGCAACAGAUUCAUGCUUAUACCAAAGAAUUAAAUCUGAUCCUUAAUGCCAGUACUUCUGUUUAAUAAGGAAUUAUUGGGAGCCAGUCACAGAAUUUGAAAAUAAACUCUAGUCUCUCCUUCACUAUAUAUGAGGCUUUUCAUAGAAGCCAAGAACUCAUUGUAAACUAUUUUUGAAAGUCUGAAUUCUUCUAUUAGAUCUAUAAUUCUUCUAUUUGAUCUAUUAUAGACUGGUUUAGAAUUGCUGGUAGCUUGUUUUAAAGAAAAAACAAUUGAGCGUGAGUUUACUGUCUUUAAAACUGUUUGUGAAAAUAUGGUAUAAAGGUAUUCUCAUUUUCCUGUUAUUUAAAAUAUUAUACAGAUUAUUCAUGCCAUUUUUUGGUAAACUUUAAAAAUUGCCCCAUACAUUAACAUUAAGUACAUCAAAUAACAGUGUCCUUGGUAUAUUAGAUGUCUGCUCUUCACGCAUUUGUAAUUUACAUUUAAAUAAUUUUUCCCUUUGGUACAACUAAAUUAAAACCUCGUGUAUUAGCAUUGUAUAUAAACAAAACAAUAUGCUUUGCUAGAGGAAUUUUUCCUUUCUUUGAAAUGUGUAGUCAUUUUUGUUCAGUUCCUAGGUUUUUUAAAAAACAAGAUGCCACUUGAAAUUUCUUUUGCAUCAAGAUGUAUGCAAAACAUUGAUGCAGUGCAUCACAAAACGAAAGUUUGUAUUUAAUGAGGAGGUGCUUUACACUGUACUUUUUGGUGUUUUUUGGAAAAGUUCCAUUUAGAUCUAUUAUGAAGCUGUUCAUUUUUAACAAAUAAAAUGUAACAGGUUUCACAUGA